AUCGGUAAGUAAACACGGGGUGGGGGUUAUCUUAAGUUAUUCGUUUAAUUGCUCUACUGUGCUUUUGCUCUCAACAUUCCAUUGGAUAAUUUGGAUCAAGACGGAAACGUUUACUCUAACCUCACUCAAUAUGAAAGCUGUAAUAAUAUUGGCGGUGCUCGCGUGCGUUCUAGUCGCAACUUACGGUGAUUUGGUUUGUGGUACCAAUUUCUGCAAGAACAAUCCCUGUAGUACACGCGUGGCUGCAAAUAGUUGUCGUUCACCGUCUGUCUAUCGCCAGAACCAUGCAGGCAAAUGUGCUUGUUGUCCCGCUUGCGUUACUCUUCUACCUGAAAAUUCGGCAUGCAAAACUUACAGUAAGGAACUGGGAGAAACACCCUCAGCCAUUUGUCGUGAGCCAUUGAAGUGUUUAAAUGGAGUCUGUACCAAGAUUCCCCCCAGAUCCGGCUAGAUAUAAAAAAAAAACUUUUAUUAAAUACAGUUAUACAUUAUACCUACAUCAUUCUUUAUAAAACACAGCUACAAAAUGUAAAACAUUCUUCAAAUAAAACACUUGCAAAGUUGU